CGUGACUGGAGCUGAGUGCAGACCUGUUUCCUUAAGAAAGGAUGUGAUAAAGAAUUGAAAAGUGUACAAGGAGUAGUGACAAGACUUUGCCAUGAUUAUGGGAUGAUAGAUGACACGAUAGUCUUCACAAAGGAUGUUGUUACAAAAAACAUAUUGCUGGCUGUUGGACAAGAAGUUAUUGCCACUGUGGAAGAGGAUAAAACAUCAGGUGGCCUGAAGGCUGUCAGGGUAGACGCCAUCCAGAAUACACAAGAAGACUCCCAUCCUACUUGUGAUGCCUCUGAAGUAAAUAAGAAAACAUUAAUUGGCAGCAUUACCUCUCUCUCUGUGGAUGGCGGCUAUAUUAAUCAGAAUACAUAUUUUGCAAUGCAAGAUGUCUGGGAAGAUUUCAAACCCUGUGAAGGUGACUGGGUGCAAGCAAAAUAUUAUAUUAACUCGACAACAUGGAAGACUGAAGCAGUUGCUGUAAGGCCUUUGAGGUAUAAACAAGUAAACAAGGUUCGCAUUUCCAGCGUCUGUGGAAGAACUGGGACAGUAGAUGACAGUAUAUUUUUCACUUUGGAUUCACUGAGACUUCCUGAUGGUUACUUGCCUCGUAGACAUGAUCUAGUGAACACGAUUGUGGUGGAGAGCAGUCAGUCCUGUUACAUUUGGAGAGCUCUCUGCUUGGUGCCAGUCAGCCAGGAUGGACAAUCUCACUCUAAUGAAGGUAAUGUGGAUGAGCCUUAUGAAGACAUAAUGAGAGACAAAGGAGAGUUGAAAGUAUCAAGAGUGACUGACUUUGGAACUCUGAAGCAGGGGGAAUCUAAAAGAAUGAUUGUUUGGAUAGAGAUCCAUGGACACAGUAAAGAGCUCCUGUUGCUUGGCUUUUCUGAUUUUACUGUUGGCCGCUAUAUUGAAGCCACUGUAACAAAUGAAGAAGAAUUACUUAUAGCACCGGUACAACCUUAUUCUCCAGGAAAGCCUAAGAAUAUUCCAGAUUCUCAGCUAAGGAAGACAACAGUGGCUGCUCCUAAACAUAAAAGAAAUAAGAGAAGGUGGUGUUCAAACUUUCUCCCACAUUAUACCAUACCAGAUGAGUUAAGAAAAUGUGUGGAACAGCAGUUAGACAUACUGACCUUUCAGCCCCUCCUAGCAGAGCGUCUUAAUCUAGAUAAUUAUAAAGCAAACUUUUCUACUCUUUUAUGGCUUGAAGAGAUCCAAGCAGAAAUGGAUUUAAAAGAUUACUACAUGAGUGGGGUUACUUUAAAAAGGAAUGGGAACUUGUUAGUGCUGGAAGUGCCAGGAGUAGAAGAGGGCAGACCUCGCCUGAUUCCAGGUGAUAAGGUGAUACUGAAAACUCAGGUCUACUCUGAUCAUAUAAUAGAGUACAUUGCCUAUGUUGCUGAGAUAUGUGAGGAAGAUGUUACUCUUAAGGUUAAUGCCGACUUUGAACGUGCUUACAACUUGGAGCCCAUGGAUGUGGAAUUUGUUCAUUGCAGUAUUCCUAGCAGGCGAUGCCAGCUGGCCAUUCAGCAAGCUCUCUACCUGGGUGAAAAAGUGUUAUUUCCAGAAAGACUUGUGUUACAAUCACCACAAGCUAUCAAGACCCAGAACACUACAGAGUACUGUGCCGUUGAUGAUGGCCUUAAACAAUCUACACAGCAGGAAAUUGGUGAAGCUGUGGCACUUAAACAGAGAGAUGGUGAAUUCUUCAAUCCUGUGCUGAAUGUGCAACAGAAACUGGCAGUAAAAAGGAUACUGAGUGGUGAAUGUCGCCCAACACCUUAUCUUCUCUUUGGACCACCAGGAACUGGAAAAACAGUAACAGUAAUUGAAGCUAUUUUACAGAUACACUUUACUCUCCCAGACAGUCGGAUUUUGGUAUGUGCACCAUCAAAUGCUGCGACAGAUCUGAUUUGCUUGCGGCUGCAUCAAAGUAAUCUCUUAAAACCAGGAACUAUGGUUCGAGUUAAUGCUGCCUUCAGGUCAGCAGAGCAAAUUGAUGACAUGGUGAAACCUUACUGCAAAGAUGGUGAUGAUAUUCAGAAGGCAUUGUGGUCCAGGAUUGUAAUUACAACAUGCAGCAGCGCAGGAUUGUUUUAUCAAACAGACACACGGCUUGGGCAUUUCACUCAUGUGAUUCUGGAUGAGGCAGGUCAAGCAAGUGAACCAGAGAGUCUCAUUCCUAUUGGGUUGAUUUCAGAAGCUGAUGGACAGAUAAUUCUCGUUGGAGAUCCGAAGCAGUUAGGGCCAGUAAUAAAAUCUAGACUUGCACAGUCUUUUGGAUUAAAUAUGUCCUUGCUAGAAAGACUAUCAUCAAGAGAGCUAUAUCUGAGAGAUGAGGAUGCUUUUGGUGCCUGUGGAGCAUACAAUCCUUUGUUGAUCACUAAACUCACAAAGAACUACAGGUCGCAUUCUGCAUUGCUUGCCUUGCCAUCUAAAUUGUUUUAUCAUAAGGAACUAGAAGUUUGUGCAGAUACCUCAGUAGUGACUUCUUUCUUGAAUUGGGAGAAAUUGCCCAGGAAGGGAUUUCCAUUAAUUUUUCAUGGAAUAAGGGGCAGUGAAACACGUGAAGGUCGCAGUCCUUCAUGGUUUAAUCCAGCUGAAGCAGUUCAAGUAAUGAUGUACUGUUGCCAGCUGGCUAGAAGUGAAUGCUCUGCAGUAGCAGUGACAGAUAUUGGAGUGAUUGCCCCAUACCGUAAGCAGGUGGAAAAAAUUAGAUUUCUUCUCAGAAGUAUUGAUUUGGAAGACAUAAAGGUUGGCACAGUAGAAGAGUUUCAAGGGCAGGAGUACAUGGUUAUCAUCUUAUCAACAGUGCGAUCUCAGAAAGUCGUAAUUGAUGAUGAAAAACACUCUUUGGGCUUUCUCUGUAACCCAAAGAGAUUUAACGUAGCAAUUACUAGAGCAAAAGCUUUGCUGAUUGUCGUGGGAAAUCCUCACGUUCUUGUGAAAGAUCCCUGUUUUUCUGCACUGUUAGAAUACAGUUUGAUGAACAGAGUUUAUAUAGGUUGUGACCUGCCCGCAGAGCUGGAACGCCUGCAGAGGUAA